CACUUGCGCUCGCAGCCUCCUGACUGUCCGCCGCUCUCUGCUUUCCUCUCUCCGCCUAUCUUCCUCUAUUGCACACACACACAUUUACACACACGCACACACUCACGCAUGCAUGCAUGCAUGCAUGCAUGCAUACACUCUCCCUUAUCUCACUAUCUCCCCUCUCUCUCUCAGUCCCACUCGGUCCUGUGCAGACUUGAAGACCCCGGAGAGGAGAUGAUGCUGGUGGUGAUUCUGUUGGAGCUUUAGUGGUGAUUUUUCUUUUUCCUCUUUAAAAAACGAAAACUAGACUCAGAGCAAUGUUGAUGCAACAGCACCUCUUCCCUCUGCACUGUGUUGAUCUGCCUGCCUCCUGCCUAGAAUCAGCCCAUUUUGGGGGGAUUUAAGCGUCAGAGAGUGUGCUGCGCUGGCUGUGCGCUCUGCGGUUCUGGGGCGCUGGAUCUUCUUCUCCCCUUUUCACUGAAGGAUGCUCAGUUCUUUCCACGAUCAGGAGUAUUACUACUAUAACUACCAGUACUCUUGCUGCUGCUGUCCACUUCUCUACCCCAGCCAGAUUGCAGUCUGAGGCGCCCUGGUCCCCUAAAGGGAAGAAGAAGCAUGUCAGAGGCACCCGUGUUGCACGUGGAAAUGAGACGUCUGUUGCUGGUUCUGCUGGACUCCAGCCUUUAAACCAGACUUCAGAUUAUCCAAAAAAGGCUCUGAAGAAAUUGGGGAUCCUAAGAGUUCCUUUCUGACGAGCUGAAAAUUCCUGUAUCACUGUAUAUCGAGGAGCACCAACUGCUUAACCAGCUUUAUGGUUUUCUGACUUGUCCAAGACUCCAAUUUUGGCGUCUGACUAAGAGGUGAUUAGAGAAAUCCCCCGGACCCUGUCAGAAACUCCAAAUCAGCACACUCAUACACUGAGAUGACCCAAGAACAGUGCACUCAUAGGAACAAUGUCCAGAGUUCAGAGAAACCACAAGUAUACAAAGUGGGAAUAUACGGCUGGAGGAAACGCUGCCUUUACUUCUUCGUCCUGCUGCUGAUGAUCCUGAUCCUGAUCAACUUGGCGCUAACUAUCUGGAUCCUCAAGGUCAUGAAUUUCACCAUAGACGGCAUGGGCAACCUCAGAAUAACAGAGAAAGGCUUGAAACUGGAAGGGGACUCUGAGUUCCUCCAACCCCUCUAUGCCAAAGAAAUCCAAUCCAAACCAGGCCGCCCGCUGUUCCUGCAGUCAUCCAGAAACGUGUCGGUCAACAUCGUCAACAGCAACAACCAGCUGCUCACACAACUUGUAACAGGAUCCAGUGGAUUUAAAGCACGAGGCAAGAUGUUUGAAGUCAAAUCCACCUCUGGGAAGCUCCUCUUCUCCGCCGAUGAGCAGGAGGUGGUGGUGGGUGCCGAGAGGCUCCGAGUGAUGGGGGCCGAAGGAGCCGUGUUCAGCAAAUCAGUGGAGACGCCACAUGUCAGGGCCGAGCCGUUCAAAGAGCUGAGGCUGGAGUCUCCAACUCGCUCCUUACUGAUGGAGGCUCCUAAAGGCAUCCAGAUUCUGGCUGAGGCCGGAGACAUCCAGGCCAUCUGCAGGAAUGAGCUGCGACUGGAGUCCAAAGACGGAGAGAUCUCUCUGGAUGCUCGGAGGAUUCGCCUGAUGCGGCUGCCUGAGGGGAAGGCCUCCACCAGCUCCUCGUCCUCUGGGACCAGGCAGACUGUCUACGAGGUUUGCGUUUGCCCCAACGGGAGGCUUUUCCUGUCCCAGGCCGGCACCGGAUCCACCUGCCAGAUCAGCAACAAUGUCUGCCUCUAGGACUGAUACAUACAAAUAUAUAUAAAUACACAGAUAUCCUGAAAGAAAGACAGGCAAAAACAGACAGAUGUACACAUAUCGCCUGCCUCUAGGACUGAUUAACAGUAAACAAAGACAUUACACACAAAGACUGCCAGAGCUGAUGGAAGUAUAAACGGUCAUUGAUACUGUACCUAUACAGACAUACUGAUGUAUACACUUUACAAUCACACUCAGACACUCAGACUGAUAUUUAGGCUCAACCGAUAUGUUUUAACAGGCCAAUACCGAAGAUUUUGGAUUUGAAGCUGCUGACAGCUGAUAUUUUGUGCCAAUAUUUCAAUGCUAAAAAAUAUUUUCUCCCUUAAUUUUAUACCUUUCAGAGUGUCACACACAUCUCUCUAAGCUCUUUAUACAUACAGUACAGCAGCAGUUAUUCGGCUUUUAAACUGGAUUACGUGAAUAAAGGAAAAAAGGAAAGUGUGUUGCAUUGCAGGUUUUAAUGACUUUUUAAUACAGCUGAGGUCAGAAAAGAACCUUCAUCUCCAUCAUAUUGGGAACAUAGGACACUGACUGGCUGAUAGAGUAAUAUUUAAUAAAAGGACAGUAUUGGUAAUAUAUCGGUCUGACCCUAACAGUCAUCAUGACACUGCUGUUUAUUAAUAGCGUACAUACAUACAGAUGCACACACUAGCUUACAGACAUGCAUUCACACAGUAUACAUAUUUUAACAUGGUAUACACACAAACACUCUCUGCUCGCAGGAGCUUCCUGGUAGAAACUGAGAGAAAAAUCUCCAGAGAUUUAUUAGAAGAGACGCUGAGUACCAGAAUCACUAGGGUGAUCACCCAUGGCAACAGGCCCCACCCAUUGCCCCUCCCCUCCAUUCUUCUUCUCCUUUUUCCUCAUCUUCUCUUUUUUCUUCUCCAAUGCUUACCACAGCUGAGAUAAUGAAAGGAUUUCUACUUUUCCUGUUGUUCAUUUUAAAGCCCCAUUGGCAUGCUAUAAGCACUUAAUUACGACUAUUCCUAAUAUGAAUUGUAUCAGGAUAUAAGAUGGUAUAAUGAACAGGAGGGAUGGCAUGGAUGUAUUAUAAGAACUGAUUACCGGACUACAAAAUGGCACCCAUUCACUUGAAUGAAAAGUGCUCGGCCAGCACACAGAACUAAAGUUUUCCGGCUUACAGGCGCGCUCGGCCAUAGACUUUACAUCUUUUCUAGGAUCGGGGAAGGUUUUACAAAUAUAACACAUUCAUGGAUUGAAAUAAUUCAUAACACAGAGUAAUAACUGACCUUGUUUGCAGUUUGAGGUGUCCUGUUAAACGUUUUACAGACGCAUCUUUGAUAAUGGGGGCCGAUGGGGAAAGUGCUCUCUGGGCCACAGGGGAUUUUUCUUUGUUGCAGUACCACGAGUGGCCACUGGGACAAAUUGGCAGCUAGGCUGACUGGCAGCGCCGUAUCCAGCUCUCUUACUACAUCCAUGGGACUUGGAUAGAUCCUAAAGUAGACAUAUUAUUAACAGCCAUCAGUCAAAACACAUAGCAGAUCCAGAUGUGCAUGUGCUAUACACAGUAUGUGUAUAUGCAUGGAGUACUGUUAGUGUGCCUAUAUGACAAUGCAUCAAUCACAUUUUGGUUGAGUGAAAAACACUUGAUGCUUAAGUUGUAUACCCGUAAAUUAGCCCACAAAUAUUCAGCCUAUUUGAUUUGUUACAAUCUCUCCAAAGUGUGUCACGCCAUGUUCACGUCCGUCACAUUCAUUCAGCUGGAAUCAAUCAUUCAAAUUAGCUUCCCAGUGCUAGCAGCAGUUCAUUCAUGGGAAUUAUUUGCUUAGAAAGUAUUAACAACAACUAACGUGGAUUUAGACGUUUGAACACGUUGAGCACGUGAUCUUCCAUGUUGCGGCGGGGAGAUGACGCCCAGGUCUCACUCUUCCUGUGAUAUGAUGUGAACAUGGCUGCGACACAAACCUCAACCACUCAACCACUGCUCUGUUAGAUGUUUUUUCUUUUUUCUUAUUUGAUGUAAUAUUUUGAUUUUAAACUGAAUGGAAAGCUGUUUUAAUUUCACAUAAUGACACUGUCAAUGAUUUGCUUGCAUAAAUUCCGUCCAUGUCUCUUCCUGCCGAAACGCCCUGACAAUGAAGAAAAUGACAAAAACAACUCAGCAUCCUGUUAUAACCCUUAACUUUUUGAUCACACAAAACAGGACAUAUGUCAUGAAUGUCCAAUGUAAGCUGCUUGAGCCUCAGCGGUGGUCACCCUACCUGUUUCUUGCACUGGGACAUUUUAAAAAAGGACAAAAACCUAACUAAUGCGAGCCACUCUGUUGAAAGAGGGGAACUGUGCCUGUGCCUUAUGUCGAUGCACUUGUGGCAAGAAGAAGCACAUCACACAGACUUUCUUUGGCAUCAACGAGUAACAUGAUCUCUGAUUUCAGUUCAGUUUCAUCCCAUCCACGAAUCUCUCCCUCUCCCUCUGUGUGAAUGCAAAGACCUUCGGCCGCAUCUGACUGUAGCUCUCCCUGCUGUCGGCACCUGACUCUGCGAAAGGAUGAGUCUUUUUUCUUUUUCUGUUUGCCACUUCAGCUUCCCUUAUUUUGGAUGACUCUCUCGUUACUUUGUUUAAUAUUAUGCGUGAAAACGUGUAUGUGUUUCUGUUAGUGUUUUAAGUGACAAACAUGUGAUCCUGUGGAGUUUAAACAGAUUACGGCACUGAUGGGUCUGAUUUCCACUGCUUAUCGCAAACUACUUGGCCAAAACGUCUCGUUUCUCCAACAUGUUACCACACGAGAUCUUUAUGACUUGUUUUUUCAUCUUAACAGGUUCAAAUCUGGUGACUUAAGAUGUUAAAAGCGUGCUCAUUUGUAACGUGUGAGUUCUUUCCCUGAGUUUCAGGUGGAGACCAGUUUGGCAAGACCACUUCGUCUUAAGGCACCAGAUGCAAUAACUUAGCGUGUAAAGACCUUGCAGGAUAACACCCACAAGAAACUAGACCUUUUGGCCAAGUGGCUUAUGAAAACUCCUGAACACACUGAUAGUAGCGCACAUUUAUUUAUAUCUUGUGUUGUUUAAAGUGUCACAUCCUUUUCAAGAGCCAGGUGUACCAACCUUCUCCUGUCCUAACUCCUGUCUCAGCUUCUCUGUCGCUGUAUAUUAAAGGACUUUCAGAAAUAUUUCACAACAAAAUUGAACCUAUCUGAUGUAUUUGUUUUUUGAAUACAUGUACACAAGAGAAAUACAAUUUUUUAUAUGGUUGUAUAUGUAAAUAAUGUAUACAUAACCGCGUUGGUGCGCAUCAGACGAUACACGCCGACAAAAGAGAAACAUUGCUCUUUUGCAAAAAGGAAAACCUUUUUUAUAAUGUACAUCAAUAUGUGUUUUUAUACUAAAAGGGCAAAAAAAAUAAUGUUAAAGGAUAUUCAUUGACUUAGCAUGUACAGCAAUGUAUACAAUGUUCACCUGUGGAGAACAAGCCAGUUUUGUUUUUAUGCUGCCUUCCUGUACUCGUCUCUCCUGCUGAGCUCAGAUGUUUCACGCCAACACAAACCUGCUUUCUUUUUGUUCUGUUGUUGUUGUUCUGUUGGGCGCGAGGUCUUUGCAUUCUCUCCAAGUGUGCUGUGUGUGAAGUUGUGCUACUAUGAGUGAGCUUGUUUUGUUCUUCUGCUCCACAGAAUGUGUUGAAUGAUUCUCACAGAAACCAAAAGUAAAAAAUAAAAAAAGCAGAGAAGGAAAUGAUACAGAGGGUUACACAUGAGCUACAAUGAUUGGAUUAAUAAUUCAUUCAUUCAUUGGAUUCAUUAAUAAUCAAUUAUCAGAUCACAGACAAUUUUAUCAGACAAAAAAGUUUUGAGAAGGUACACGAUUACUUUGACAAAGGAAUAAAGAACGUUUUCAUUGAUUCCAUAGUAACACUAACACUAAAAAAAGUUAGACAUAAUUGUAAUUUAUUAACACUAUUAUGCAAAAUUCUAUCAGAUUUAUUCAUUUCUUUAUGUGCAGAUUGCACAAAUUUUGGAGUCAAAAUAAUCUAAAGGUGAUCCGAAGACGGCACUGAUCAGGCAUCACCCAGUGGAUCAUAUUGCUGAUGGAUUAAUAACAUCGACCAGAUCACAUUCUGUAAUGCAGCCCUGUGUGUUCACGCUGAGUGCUCUGUACUUCCUUUCCUGGCUUCACACUGGAGUUAACAUCCAUCCUGAAUAUUUACAUUUUUCUUCAUUCUUCAGUCUGAAACUGCCGUUCAUGGAGUAGUUUUCAAAGAUGCCAAAAUAAAAGGCGUUGUUCAAA